GCUGCGCCCGCCGCACCCCGCCCGACAACUCGGUGGUGGCCACUGCGCAGACCAGACUUCGCUCGUACUCGCGCGCCUCGCUCCGCUUUUCCUCCGCAACCAUGUCUGACAAACCCGAUAUGGCUGAGAUCGAGAAAUUCGAUAAGUCGAAACUGAAGAAGACAGAGACGCAAGAGAAAAAUCCACUGCCUUCCAAAGAAACAAUUGAACAGGAGAAGCAAGCAGGCGAAUCGUAAUGAGGCGUGCGCCGCCAAUAUGCACUGUACAUUCCACAAGCAUUGCCUUCUUAUUUUACUUCUUUUAGCUGUUUAACUUUGUAAGAUGCAAAGAGGUUGGAUCAAGUUUAAAUGACUGUGCUGCCCCUUUCACAUCAAAGAACUACUGACAACGAAGGCCGCGCCUGCCUUUCCCAUCUGUCUAUCUGGCUGGCAGGGAAGGAAAGAACUUGCAUGUUGGUGAAGGAAGAAGUGGGGUGGAAGAAGUGGGGUUGGGACGACAGUGAAAUCUAGAGUAAAACCAAGCUGGCCCAAGGUGUCCUGCAGGCUGUAAUGCAGUUUAAUCAGAGUGCCAUUUUUUUUUUGUUCAAAUGAUUUUAAUUAUUGGAAUGCACAAUUUUUUUAAUAUGCAAAUAAAAAGUUUAAAAACUUA